AUGGGCGACCGGAGCGGCAACCAGAAUGGUCAGAAGGACGAGGAUGAUGACUGGGCAGCCAUGCUGACGACCUGUAUGUCCAGCGGGAGCGCAAACGCAUCUUCCGGCAGGCAACCAGGUACCGGAGAACUGUCGGCGCACGCCAGGCUGGGAGGGACAUGGUCUGCUGAGGCGUUGCACGGCGUACGCACGCAGUCCUUGAAGCCCACAAGGGUGGGGCGCAACCCUGAGUUUAGCCUGAACCGUCACCCUUAAAGGCCCGGUACACCAUUCAGUUAUCGUCUGAGAGGCGGUACCCAUAUACACACACACUCCUCACAUGCGUGAGAGUGCUAGAGGUCACGAUAGGAAAGAGCCAUUGCAGCCUGACUCUCAGCCCAUCAGUCGGCCGUCCCAUACAAAUAACACAAAAUUGGGCAGACCGCGGGAACUGAGUUGAUGCGUCAGUCGACAAUCUUCCAAGCCAUGGCUCUAGGUGUACCGUGAUAGUCUCAGACUCGGAUCACACAUGCUACAGAGGAACCGCAUGGAGAAGGAGCCGAGAAUCCCACUUCCCACUUACAUGAGAGGUGUGAAUGCCGUGUUUGUGUUGUGUAAUGAUGAAUGAUGUUGGUGUGUUUCGCAGGUGCUGGUGAAGAAAGGUGUGACGGUAAGGUAUGGCUGGCGGUUGUCUAUCACAGGUUUUCGUGAAUGCGCAUGUGGCCUAAUAGGCUCAUGCGGUGGCUGAAUGUGCGAGGGCAGUGCGGGCAGUUGAGGCGGAUGCUGCGAGUGUAUGCCGGUGCUCCAGGCACUGGUUCACCAGCCUUUGCGUGAUGGAUUCGCAAGUGACCUACCAGUCCGAUGUGGGAAGUGAAUGUGUGAUCGCAAUAGGGCCAGGUUGGGACCGAGUUUACAUCGCUGGAGGUGGUGAUGAUGGGGGAAGAUGUUGGGGUGCGAGAUGUCGUGGUGUUGGCGAAACUGGUCGCUGUGAUCGACGCAGGGGUUGGAGCAUGUCGAUGAUUGAUGGCGGUGAGCAGCGACAAUAUAAUCAGCAGUAACGAGGAUGCCACAGGGAUGAGAGUAGAGGAGAAUUUGAUGUUGCCGGGCUGCUUGUGUAUGGCAUCUCAAGGUAUCCUACGAGGCUAAUUUUCGAUCGUAAUGUGCAUUGACAGCCCAGGCAUGUUGGCAUCGGCUGACUGUUAGCAUCGAGAAGUCGAGGCACUUGUCACUUGCGGGCCUCCUUUUGGCUUUGGCGGCGGUGAUCCGAUCAACUUUGUAGAUGACUGUGCCGGUCUGUUCUAGGCGAGGUCCUCUCGGGUCUCCGAUUUGCUUUUCAGACGUUUCAGAAAGUCCUUCAAAGUGUCCUUGUAGCGCCGUUUCUGUCCUCCUUGCUGACGAGUACCCGUGACGACAUCACUAUAGAAGAGUUGUUUUGGUAAAAGUCUGUUUUCCAUCCUCACGAGAUGGCCACUCCAAUAUAGUCGUAGUUUCCUCAAAAUAGCGUGAAUGCUGAAGUUUCCGGUCCUCUCUAGGACUUCAUGUAGGGGAUCCUGUUCUGUCAUCUCUGCUUUCGUAUUCUGUGCAGGCAGCUAAAAUGGAAGCGGUUUAGCCUCGCUGCACGGCUGGAGUAGACGGUCCAGGUCUCCCCUCCGUAGAAAAGUGUCGUCAGGAUGACGACCUUGUACAUCUUCAGUUUGGUAUUCAGUUGGAGGUCGUGACGAUUCCACACGGUGUUCUGCGGCCGGCCGAAGUCUCGGCCGGCAUUGGAGAUCCGGUAGGCCACUUCGUCGUUGAUUCUGGUGCUGCUGGAAAGUGUGAUUCCGAGAUGGGCGAAAUUGUCGACGAUUCUGAGUUUGUAGCCGUCGACAGUAAUUCGAGGAGGAGUGAAAUGCUGCAUGUUGGGUGACGGUAAGUGCAUGACCACCGUUUUCUCUGUACUGAUGGUCAGCCCGAAGUGGGCGCACCCGGCGGAGAGGCAGUCCAUGCUUCGUUGCGCGCCUUCUUUAGUCGUAUUGUAGAGUACAUAGACGCCGGUGAUGAGCAGAUCAUGGAUGGUAGCUGUGGAUAGAGGUGUCGAAGCCUUCAUUUGCCGGUAAUCGAGAAGGUGCCCAUCGGUCCUCUAGUCGAUGUGUGUCCCGGGCCGCCCAUCAGGAUAGGUGUCCAUCAGCAUUACAUAGAACAUGAGACUAAAGAGGGUGGCAACGAGUGCACAGCCCUGUUUCACUCCAUUGACCACUGCGAAUGACUAGGAGAUUGCGCGUUGUCCAUGACGCACGGCAUCGUCGCGUCGUGGAGCUGACGUACCACGUGAGUGAAUCGCUCGGGACAGCCGAACCUUUGCAUGAUUCUCCACAGUUCCUUGUGAUGCACCGUAUCGAAGGUCUUCGUCAAGUCCGCUGAAGUGGUGCAGAGGUAGUUCGCAUUUCCUGGCACUUCUCCUGAAGCCGGCGAUCGAAAAACACCUUGUCAGUGGUGCCCGGAUGCCGUCGGAGACUGCAUUGGUUGUCCGACAGGAGUCCUUGUUCCAGGUGUCUGCUGAGAUGAUUAAGGAGGAUGCCGGCAAAGAUUUUUUCGGCGAAGUUGAGCAGCGAGGUUCCUCUGUGGUUGCCGCAGAAUUGGCGGUUGAGAUGGGCGAUGGUUGCAUUUUUGAGAUCCUGAGAAACUUGUUCGCAGCGUCACACCUCCUGAAAUAGCGUCGUGAGUUGGUCCAUCAGGUGGAGGCCGCCGUGCUUGUAGACUUCAGUUGGAAUUGCGACGGAGCAUGGUGCUUUGCCGCUGGCGAGUUGUUGCAAAGCGCGGAGAGUUUCUGGGAGGGAGGAAGGGCGGGAGAUCUAGGUGGACGUUGAUUUCCACUUGGGGGGGGCCAAUGCAUGGAGGCGUCGGAGAUUGUGGAGAACUUUCCUGAAGUGCUCGGCCCAGCGUUUCAGAAUCUGCGACUUUCCCUUGAGAAGCGUUGAUCAAUCAAAACUGAGAGGCGGUACAUUUCCCUCGGUUAGGGGUCAUAGAUCGCCUUGAUCGCAGUGAAAAAGUCCUUCGAUUCUUUGCGAUUGGCGUAUGCCUGGAUCUCGUCGGCCGUGCUGGUGUCCUCCAUUUCUCGCGACAGUUGCCGCGCACGACGGCGACACUGGUAGCAGUCCGCUUUUUUCGCGUCGGUUGGACGGUUGAGGUAGACUCUGUGCAAUCUGUUCUUAUCAGCGCACCGAUUGCUGAUGACUGCGUCUCUAUCGUCGAGCCAGUCCAGGUGCUGGCGACGUGCGCGGCCGGGGACAGCCAGCGAAGUCGAAUGAACGGUGUUCUGCAGUUAGCAUCAUCGGAUCACCACGGAGGCGCUUUUAUCUGAAGAUGGCAGGUCUUCCAGUCGCUAGGUCAGUUGAUUGUCGAGAUGGAAACAGUGAGCAGGCAACUACAAUAAAGCAGGACUCUGCUUACCUAAGGGUCGCUUACCUUGAGGUCUCCUGCGAGGCUGUAGGCUAAUCCUCAUCUUGGAGAUAACGAGGCGAGGGUCGUUUCAACCAUCGGCACCCGAGAUCGCCUUGCUCACCAUCGCGUCCUGCCGAUGUCACCGCAAGAAGAGAACAUAGUCCGGUAGCUGCCCGCACCGCGAUCGAAGGUGCGUUCACAUGGCCUUCUUCCGCAUCUUCAGGCGGAAGAAUGUGUUGGCCAGCAGGAGGUGGUGUUCUACGCAGGCUCCCAGGAUAAACAGACCAAUGUCGAUACAGCCGCCGAUCCCGUGAGGACCCAGCACUCCCCUCCAUGCAGCGCAGUCUGUUCCGGCGCGAGCAUCAUAGUCACAGUAGACGAUCAGUUUGUCCACCUUCAGCACAGACGCUAAAAGGGCCUGCAGGCCUUCGUAGAACGUUGCCUUUUUCUCGUCCGAGCCAGUCAUUGUUGGGGCUUAAACACUGAUGAUGAUGAUGAUGAUGCUGAUGCUGAUGCUGAUGCUGAUGCUGAUGAUGAUGAUGAUGAUGAUGAUGAUGAUGAUGAUGAUGAUGAUGAUGAUGAUGAUGAUGAUGAUGGCGAAUUUACCUCCCCGGAGAGGCGGGUGGAGGCUCAUCAAUUGGUCAUUGAUACCCUGCGACAGACAGGGCAGUCGUUCCACGAUGUCGUUCCGGAUGGCAAAGGUGACGCCCGUGUCUCGUCGCUCUGCCCCGGAGCGGCCGCUACAGAAGAAGGUGUAGCCGGCACCCGCCUCCUCCAUCUGACCUUGUUCGGAGAGCCGGGUCUCUCUGGGUGCAGCGAUGUCCACCUUGUAGUGCGUCAGUUCUCGAGCAGCUAGCGCUGUCUUUCGUUCCAGUUGGUUGCUCCUCGAGUUGUUUAAAAGGGAACUAACAUUCCAGACUGCUAGAGCGGGGCGAUUCACCCCACCAGCCUGCGGGAUGGGCCGGAAGGAGGAGGAGGAGGAAGAGAAAGAGAGAGUAUUUUGUCUUGUGUUUUGGUUUCGAUCGCAUGUUAGGCAGUAAGCGGGCUCCGGUAUGCACGCACAUGUCGUGAGCCCAGUAUUUAUUUAGGGCACCUUUUCUAGCCCCGUCCUCCUCGCGGGGGGUGAGCAGUGCUGUCCCUAAAUAGGGCAGCUUGGUUGCGUCAGACGGUUGUCGAACUCCACUUUGAUCACGUGUUGGUUUAGUGAGAGGACGACCCGAUUGGCCUUGGCCGCCUACGUGAUUGCAUGUCGCCCUCGCUGUGAGACACUUCAACCGUGGGGGAAGAGAGCAGAAUAGAGAGUAGGCUGAGAGGAUGGGGAGGAUAAGAGGGGAGGGAAGGGGAAUGAGGGAUGGGAGGGCAUGGAGGGUCGGGAGUAGGGAUGGGACACCCACAGCACCGGAAACAGUGGACACCGGACCUAUUCUGCAGUAUCGUUUUCAUGACUGCUCGUUUCAGGAAGUUUUGCAGGAGAAUCUAACUGAUGUCAAAAAUCGAAGGCUUUAAAACAGACUAGCUCAGGGCUUGGGCUGGGUCAAGACACCCUCAUUAGGAAGUCCUUCAGGCAGCUGUCGUAAACUGCAAUUAAACAGUUAUCAUUACUGACAACGAAUCGGUACAUGCAUAAAGAUUGCAAUAAGCUUCUGUUUCUAAGCAACACUUGCCAAGAUAGUGUUUUUGAUGAGAACUGAGAAUAAAGAGUGGGGAAUGCGAGCGAAAGGCAAUCAUUCUGAAGGCUCAAGACGUAAUAUUAGAAGGUUAAAACUUCACGAACACAUACCAAGACUCGAACGAAUCAAAAACAAGAAGACUGAACUCGACUAAUAGUCAAACCAAACAGCUGGAUGGCAAAGAUCGGGGAAAGGAUCCCAAACACACACGACCAACCAAAAGUGCCUGUCUUACGGGAAAGGUGGUAAUAGGGGUUUUGCGGGCGGAACCUAGGUAUGCAUAAUGGCAAAAUAAGUAUAAAUAAUUGGUAAAUUCGUUUUUCGGGCGGAAAAGUUUCAAUGCGAUGACAUAGCUGCCGAUACUAAGCAGGAAAAUUAAAAAAAUAAACGCUAAGUACCUACAACGAUCUCUUCUCAACUAUCUGAGUUGAGGUAAUUGUAGAUAAAGCACCAGACCGUUUACAACAUAUGGCCCAACCUUGUGCGAUGAAACACCGAACCGGAAUGAGCGUGUCGGACUAAAACCCACUUAAAUAAAAAUAGUAGGUAUUCUUCGUAUGCCACAGAUGCUUGGGGGCCUUCACCCGAUCAUUACCAGCUGGGUUAACAGAUAUUAAUCGCCAUUUAAAAGGGGACCGAAGAGUGCGAACUACCAGGAAAAGGAGACUUAGGGGUACAGCCGUGUAAUUUCUGAGAGGUGCAUCAGAUAGGUGAAUGAGGAAAAUGACGCUACGGCAAAGCAGUAGCAGGCGCCCUGCACGACUCUACAUGAGCGACCUUUUUAUUUCACCAGAAAGUAGACGUCAGUGCGUUCUGUUAGGUUGCCGACAAUCGAUGGUCACGACGGAUGUGUCAAAAAAAUCAGUGUGAUGCAGUAGGACGAUAGGUGGCGGUGCCCGUUCCAGAUGAAAUGGCUGACCUAAAAUCAACCCUUCUGCCCACACCGGACAAUAGAAAUUCAGAACAGACGAAGUCUGCUAGUUGGCACAAGUAAAGACUGUCCGGCACAUCCAGAAGCGGCGGGUUGUGGAGUGGUCAUCAGCGAAGGUUAACUGCAAGAUAAGCCGACUCUCAGAUACAAAAGAUAAGUAGUUGGAGACUGUACAGCGGCUCUACUCUUGUAUGCUGUCUAUUCCUAAAGUGAUUAUUAGUGCUCUUCGAUGUGGAGAAGGCCGCCAACCAUCCAAUACGGCCACCGACAUAAUCAUAUGACCGUCAAUUAACGAUUCUCUGGUGUGGACGGUAAUAUUGAUCUUAGAUGCCAAGGAAACAACCCUCUAGGAAGCCGUCCAGCUCAACCGGUUUUUAAAAAUUAAGGCCUAACCGGGCUUUUGAAUUACCGGAAAGCCAUUGUCUUCGCCUUCCAAAUAUACUUGCAGAGAGACAAUGGAGCCAAUAGGGGCACUUUUCUAUGUCGGAAGGGCGUUCAUCGAUCGGGUUACGGAAUCUCCUCGCCCAUUAAACUUUGCGGCUCGAUACAGAGUUACACAGGAGGGCACAGUGCGACUAGCAAUAUAUGCAGAAUGAGAUCUCCGACAAGGACAGGGGAUACUGAAGUGUCAUUUCUGGCUUAUUGGCUGUCGUCAACCGGCCAUGCCGGACAGCAAAAAUUCUCGCCGAGAAGUCUGUUUCCUUAGUAACCUCACAGGGAACAAGGACACCGGGUAAUAGCGUGUCCUAUCAGCUUUCGAAAACUUGGGACGCAGUUGAAGCGGCGCAUACUCGGUCGGGGUAGGUUGGUCCUUCCCAACAUCUUUAUGGCCCGUGGGUCCCCUGUCGUUUCGUGAAACCCGAGACAGCGCAACUUUGCAAUAUCGAGAUCUCUUGGGUGCUCGGUAGAAAUCUUGUUAACACCGGCUUUGGCUCAACCAUCCGUACAGACUGCCUGGUCAAAGCGCUUCCAGUGCGUUGCCAUUGAUUGCCAUGGGUUGCCAUCAUGUGCUCCUGAUGGAUAGCCCCUUCGAUGGUGGGGUUACGAGGUUACAUUCAGUGAUGUGAGGCUUAGAGACAUGGCCGCCGGUAAUGUCUGCCUGUGGCAUUUUUUGCUCUUUAGUCCACCUUUUUGCUGACUCAUUUAGAGAGAUGAUGUCGACGAGGCGAACGAUUUCUUAAAGGUGGUCGUCACCACAUGAGGUGCUCUGACUACACUGAAAAGUAACGUCCCUUGGGGUUGACUAAGCAGAUCUGUAGGUGCAUGUUCGCUACACCGAUGUGGCAUGAGCAGGUGAUUGCAAGACGACAAUUAUUUAAACACCAAAAACCAGUACGCUAGCCCUUAUAGUAGCAUCGUUUCCAUCGCUAUGCUCGUAGACGUUGACGUCUGCCUUGGAGAUUUGUCUUCAAAGUGGAGGAUGCGAGUGCUGAAAGAGUUUGUUGGACUGAUGUUUCGAAUGCUCACCCGGGCCCAUCAUCAGAGACGGUCGCAGAUAAGGCUUACAGGAGGCAACAGGGACGUGGUAUUUCCAGGACACAGUUGUCACGCAACCACAUGUCUACUAUAGUCACCAAUAUAGGUUACGUGCCAACUGCAUCCAUUGUGCCCCAAUCACCCUUAUCUGCCAUUGUCUCUGACGAUGGGUUCCGGUGCAAAUAGGAAAAAGCAGGCCAACAAACUUUUUCUUCUGAGACGUUGUUGAUCCUGGCGUGAUAACUACUCAACAGUUCGGCUCGUUAUUACUGGAAAUGUUGGUUACCCACGCCCUCCUCGUAAAGCAAAUUACUUUUCCGAGGCAGUCUCAGUACAGAGUACGGAGGCGGGAGGUCAUUGCGUUUACUAAUUGAUUGCGAGCCGAAGACCAAUGAUUAAGACAGUACGCGAAUUACGAAAUGCUUCAUGCGAGGAUUCUGGCCUCGUCAAGCUUGAAGGUGCAACCGAGUACCCACAAGUGAACCGCAAACUCAGAGCCAGUAACAUUCUUCUUCAUUGACGCUGCAUGUCCGGCCAUCUGCGUCCGGAAUUUUUCUCACGUAGUCGCUCUCUGCAACUGAAUCAUUUACGGUAAACGACUACAGAAACUUCGGCCUCACGACCUUGCGCCCGAUGGUUGUCCUGGUUUUCGUGCAACCCCAACUGCAAGUGGUGUGAGAAGGCGGUUGAUGGCUUCCGAGACGUUUUCAUGCACGGUAGCACAAGCCAAACUUUGGUGGCAGUUGGAUUGAAUCUCCCAAACGGUAUGAGUAUGCACCGAUUGACAAAGUUGCGUGGGUAACCAUUCGCCUAGUGCACCCAUCGAAAAUACGGUGAUUCGACAACUUCGUCUUACAGUUCACCGCGAUCCACUUCAACACCGAUAUAGCGCGCUUACGCACCUACUUUCGUCGCUCUUUGUGUGAUUGCUAUUGAAGCUCAGUACCUUUUUCGUGUCAUUUGCUUUCAUGAACACCGAUUUUUAUGUCACUACAAUCUUUGCGACAGAUGAAGACAUAAAAUAAGACUACCUGUUUGUUUUUUUCCUUCUCCGUCGUGAAUUGUAAGUCCUGGAUGGCCGCAGACCUCGAUAUUGUGCUUGCAGGCACGGGGCGUUCUACUAUCGUAUUGGACGGGAUGGACUACCUUCAGAAAGCCAAAAGCUUGUUGGAAAAUCGUCAGUUCUAUGUGUAAUGCAAAACUAACCCCGUAAAAACACUGACAUGUGAAAUCGAUGCACGUUGUUGGUAAUGGAGAAAUUUGGUGCAAAACGCCGAUCGACCGACGCAUGGCGAGAACGUAUGAAACAGUCUCGGCAAAAUUUUAUGGUUUUACGGAAGUGCACAAAGAUGGCACCCCUCUCUGCCCCAUCGCAUCACUCAAAGGCACACAAAAUUACGGAUUGGCAGAGUGGCCGCUCCUACGUCUGAAAUUCCUAGCCGCUGAUUUCGAAACUACAGUCAUCUCGUCAAAAUUGCUCUAGCAAAAAACUUGGUAUCAAGUCUUUUGUCACAUAACAUUUCAGUUCUAUUCCUCAGGAUACGACAGUUGAAACCAUCGAAUUACUCUUGCAAUAAAAGUACGAUGAAAAAAGACUCGUCCCGGACACGCUGAAAUCCACUAACUGAUGCAGUUGUCUCUGGAUGUAUUCCACUUCUGACCGUCGAUACCGACGAUGUCCUUGCGCGUGGAAUUAAGCAUGCGCUAUAUCCACCUCACUGUUCCCCCACCCGCCCUAGCCCGGUAUCGAAACAAAGUCAAGAUGAUCAGAGGCGGCAUCGGACGCAGUUGCUGAUAAGGCUAAAUAGUCCGUUCGCGCGAACCACACACACGCCUGGUCCGCGUACGACAGAUCAAGUUUUCACGUAAACAAGAAAGGGGCGGUUCGAACCGAUAUUUAUUGGGAGUGCAACAGAAGCCACAUUAAGGAGGGGCAAUCAGCAUAAAGAAAUAUACAGUGAGACCUUCCUGAUAUUCCUAAUCUCUAAGUCAAUGGAAGUCGUUCCAACCACGAAGAGACCACGCCUGUUUGUUCACUCUCUAGGCGUCGGUGAGUCCAAAUAAGCCUACAGUUGAUGGAACGUUUGGCAUAGGAGGCGUAAAACCUGGGUCUAUGAACCUUUCCCAUUCAAAAACUUACGUCGAUGGCCAUCCUGGUUGGACCUGUCUACGUGCCCUCCUCGCGCAGAGAUGCUUUCCUACGAAACAGUAAGGACGACAAUCCGGGGUUUUUAGCUAGACAAAGGACAAUGUGAGCAAACACUCACUUCUUCGAUGGUGUUUUUCGAAGUCAAGGGUUCAGUCACGUUUUGGAAGUAUUCAAAACGCGCUUCAAAAUCGCACCCUUACUUUAGUACUGGGAUUUCGCCCGAUGCUCGGGUACAAGUGGUUUAUGCAGUUCGGCGAUCCAUGUGUUGAUCCGGUCGCGGCGUCGUCUCUCAACUUCGUUGUUCAACUUCAUCUACUACUACUACUACUACUACUACUACUACUACUACUACUACUACUACUACUACUACUACUACUACUACUACUACUACUACUACUACUACUACUACUACUACUACUACUACCACUACUACUACUACUACUACUACUACUACUACUAUUACUAUUACUACUACUAUUAUUAUUAUUAUUAUUAUCAUCACCACCACCACCAGCACCGCCGGUCGAUAAUUGUUCUCACAACUGCUGGUCUGAUUCCAGACCCGUAA